AGAGGAGCAGCGCAGCUUCCGGCACCUGUCCGUCUCCAGCCAAGCCGCUCCGGCGUCCCGGUGCCGCGCUUUGAGCCCAGCCCUGGGUAAACACCGGGUUGCCAGGUCGGACAUGAAUAAGCCUGGUGGAGGACGCGCUGCGUUCCGCUCUGGUUCGGAGGAUUCCGGUACCGGAUCUGGUUUGCGUAAGCAGCGGAAGGAUCAGCUGGACCGGAUUCCCAGAAGGCAGCAGACAGGAGGAAUAAACGAGUCACGAACAGAAGCGAGGAGCUUAUUUCUCAGAUUGAUUUCCCACAGGAGGCUGACUGCAAGCUGCUGGGUACCGAUCGGUACCAGGUCGGUUCCGAACCGGUACCAGAACCCCGGACGCUCCAUGAUAAUCCCUGCCUGGUGGAUUGUGGGCUGGCUGACAUCAUUGGCUGCUGGCUGGGAAUGAAUCAUCAUCAUCAUCAUCAUCAUCUUCAGCAGCAGCAGCAGGGGGGCUCAGGGAUGCUGUCACCGUCACUGCGCCCUUAAAAAGCCCACGCACGGACCCACCCAGCUCCACUCCCACCCACUGGUCACGGCCGUGGAUUCAGCAUGGAGGAAAUCCUGAGGAAGCUGCAGAAAGACGCGUCCGGACACAAACACAAAGCCGUCCGCGAUGCGUGCGCCUGCGCCUGCGAAACUCUGGAGUCCCAGAAGGGAUCAGCCAGGAUGUCUCCUUCACAGCUGCGAGAGCGCUGCCUGCUGCCGCUGCGGCUGGCGCUGGAGUCCAAAAGCACCAAGCUGGGUCAGACGGCGCUGACUGGCAUGCAGAGGUUCCUGUGCGACGACAGGUUCUUGGGCGGCGUGGGCUCGGAGGCGGAGGUUCUGGAGAAGCAGCUGCUGAGCCAGAUGCUGGAGGCCAUCAGGGUGACGCCGGUCCUGCAUGAGGACCUGCAGGUGGAAGUCAUGAAGGUCCUGCUCUGCAUCACCUACUCCCCAAACUUUGAUAUUAACGGAGACUCCAUCCUGCGGAUCGCUCAGGUGUGCAUCGAGACCUACAUGACCAGCUGUCACCUGCGCAGCAUCAACACGGCGGUGAGGGCCACCCUGAGCCAGAUACUGGGAGACCUGACGCUGCAGCUGCGCCACAGACAGGAGGAAGCUGAAGGAGAUGAGGUGACGGUGCUGCCUCUGCAGAGAAAAGACGUGUCGCCCACCAGCCAGGCUCUGUGCGAGGACGUGGUGACGGUCCUGACGGUCUUCUGUGAGAAGCUGGAGUCGGUGGACAGCGACAACCAGCUGCUGCAGCUCCUCUACCUGGAGUGCGUCCUGUCCAUGCUCAGCAGCUGUCCGCCCACAAUGCACCUGUCCCGCGGCUUCACCGACCUCGUCUGGAAGCAGCUGUGUCCGUCCCUGGUGGCCAUCAUGGGAAACCCGGUCAACGAUAAAACCAUCACGUCUCACCACGGCUACACGGGCAUGCCGGAGAGGGAGCGGCUGUCAGAGAGGGUCGCUCUAGGAAUCGGCCAGGAGGCGGACAUCUCUGGCGGAGGCGUCUCCGACCAGGGCAGGGGGUCCGGCUGCUCCUCCAGCGCCCCCGCCCGCAUCGCCCCCGUGGUACGGACGGUGUGCUACAUCGCAGCGGAGCUGGUGCGCCUGGUGAGCUGCGUGGAGUCCAUGAAGCCGGUGCUGCAGUCGCUCUACCACAGGAUCCUGCUGUACCCGCCCCCCCAGCACCGCACCGAGGCCAUCCGCAUCAUGAAGGAGAUCCUCGGCAGCCCUCAGCGCCUCUACGACCUGGCCGGGCCGUGUGUGGCCGAACCAGAGACCAGGAAGCGCUCCUUCUCAAAGAGGAAGUCCCACCUGGACCUGCUCAAACUAGUGAUGGACGGCAUGACGGAGGCCUGCAUGAAGGGCGGCAUAGAGGCGUGCUUCGCCUCCGUUUCCUGCGCCUGCGCGCUUCUCGCUGCCUUAGAUGAGCUGUCGCAGGGCCGCGGCCUCCAGCCAGAGCAGGCUCGGUUCCUCCUUAGGCGUCUCGAGGACCUGAAGGAAGGUUCUGAGUCCACCAGGGAGUCCAUGGAGAUCAACGAGGCCGACUUCAGGUGGCAGAGACACAUCCUGUCCUCCGAGCAUCCUCAGUGGGAUCCCAGCGCCUCCUCCAACGCGGCGGGCGCCACCGAGCGCAGCCCGGACAUCAGCAUCAGCAUCACCACGGAAACGGGACAAACGACCUUGGACCUGGAGCUGGGGGAUCUGGGCCUGGGUCAGGGUCACACCACUCCUGAGGAGUGUGGCGAGGAGGCUCGCUUCCCCCCCAUCUGCUCCUUGGGAGGCGCGGAGAGAGCCCAACGGGAGCCAGCAGGAGGGACUGCUCAGAGAGGCGAGAGGGAGGAGGGAGGAGGGCGCGCCGCGGAGGGAGCGGAGGAGAAGGACAGAGGCGGAGGAGGCGUGGUUCCUCCUGACGUGGUGCAGAGGAGUCACGCUCUGGUCUUCCCUGACAUCACCAACUUCCUGUCUGUGGACUCCAGGACGAGGUCUCACCACGGAGCGGGGUCCAGGUACAGCGAGAGCAACUUCAGCAUGGAAGAGCAGGACUUGUCUCGGACGGAGUUCGACUCGUGCGACCAGUACUCCAUGGCUGCAGAGAAGGACUCGGGCCGCUCCGACGUGUCCGACAUCGGCUCGGACAACGUGUCCCUGGUGGACGAGGAGCAGCAGACGCCGCGGGACUGCCCGGGCCACCGCUCCCUGCGCACAGCGGCCCUGUCCCUCAAGCUGCUGCGCAACCAGGAGGCGGACCAGCAGAGCGCCAGGCUGUUCGUCCAAUCGCUGGCCGCCCUGCUGCCCCGCCUGCUGGGACUGGCCAGUGCCAAGGAGGUGGACCUGUCGCUGCAGAACUUCUCCUCCACGUUCUGCGCCGGACUGCAGGCGGGUGGGAUUCAGUCUCCGGGCUUUGAAGCGGGCGACUCUCUGGGCUCCCAGUCUCUGAUGAACGCUGACGGCCUCUACCUGGUGUCGUACUACGCGCUGCUGCUCAACCUCAAGCUGUGCUGCUGCGACUUCUACAGACGGAGAGAGCUCCCCCCCGUCCUCAGCCUGAAGGAGUUUGUCCGGCUGAUCCAGAGCAGCGGCGUCCUGGUGGUUCUGUCCCAGGCCUGGAUGGAGGAGCUUCACCACCAGGUGCUGGAGCGCAACCUGCUGGCUGACGCCGGCUACUGGGGCUCGCCGGAGCACCGCUCGCUGCCACUCAUCACCAUGCUGACAGAUAUCGACGGCCUGGGCAGCAGUGCGAUCGGAGGUCAGAUGAUCCGGAGGCCGUCCAGCCAAUCGACGCUCUGCUCCGAGAAGGUUGGGAUUGACACGGUGACUGCAGGCGCCGUUUUCUCCCGCUUCAUCCUCACCGGCGUGUGGAAGAACCUGAUCGAUGUCCUGUCCACGCCUCUGACCGGCCGCAUGGCGGGCAGCUCCAAGGGCCUGGCCUUCAUCCUGGGGGCCGAGGGGCUCAAAGAGCAGAGCCAGAGGGAGCGGGACACCAUCUGUCUGAGUCUGGACGGCCUACGAAAGGCCGCCGCGCUCAGCUGCGCCCUUGGCGUGGCCGCUAACUGCGCGUCGGCUUUAGCCCAGAUGGCUGCAGCUUCCUGCGUGAAGGAGGAGAAGGAAGAGAAGGAGGCGGCGGAGAUGGGAGACGCCAUCACACAAGUGAAGCAGCGGGUGGAGCAGCGUCUGGAGCAGAUGGGCCGUCCCCAGGGCGUGCGGAUCCACACGGCUCACGUCUUGUGCAUGGACGCCAUCCUGAACGUGGGCUUAGAGAUGGGCAGCCACAACCACGACUGCUGGCCUCACGUCUUCAGGGUGACGGAGUACAUCAGCUCGCUGGAGCACAGCCACUUCAGCGACGGCUCCUCGCAGCCGUCCUCCCUGACCACCAUCACCCAGCAGAGCCAGCAGAGCCAGCAGGCCGCCGGCGUGGACCUGGGCCUGGAGCUGAGCUGCGAGCCGAGCCCCGAGGCCACGGAGCUGAGCCUGAGCCAGCCGGUCAUCCAGCCGCUGUCCAUCCAGGAGCUGCUGAGGGAGAGCGGCAGAGGGGGGCGGGGCCUGGAGCUGAGGAGCGGCAGCCUGAUGACGGGGACCAGCGCCGCCAAGGCCGUCUGCACCCUGUCCACGCAGGCCGACAGGCUCUUUGAGGAGGCGGCGACGAAGCUCAACCUGGUCGGCCUGGUCGGGUUCCUGCAGCAGCUGAGGAAAGCUUCCCAGGCUCAGCUCUUCAACUCGGUCACAGAGACGGGCGACUACUCUCUGGUGAUGCCAGGAGAAGCCAAGUCCACGCUGGACCGCAGCAGCGCUCUGCAUCUCUUCCGCCUCGGAGAAGCCAUGCUGAGGAUCGUCAGGAACAAGAACCGGCCGCUGCUGCACAUGAUGCGGGCCUGGAGCGUGGCGGCGCCACACCUGGUGGAGGCUGCCUGUCACAAGGAGCGCCACGUGUCCCAGAAGGCCGUCUCCUUCAUCCACGACGUCCUGACCGAGGUGCUGACGAGCUGGGCGGAGCUUCCGCACUUCCACUUCAACGAGGCGCUCUUCCGGCCCUUCGAGCACAUCAUGCAGCUGGAGCUGUGCGACGAGGACGUCCAGGACCAGGUGGUGACGUCCAUCGGUGAGCUGGUGGAGAUGUGCUCCCCUCAGAUCCUGUCCGGCUGGAGGCCUCUGUUCAGCGCGCUGAGGACGGUUCACAGCAGCAAGACGGACACCAAGGACUACCUGCUGGGCGAGUACUCCAUGGGGAAGUCCCAGGCGCCGGUGUUCGACGUCUUCGAGGCGUUCAUCAACACGGACAACAUCCAGGUGUUCGCCAACGCCGCCACCGACUACAUCAUGUGCCUGAUGAAGUUUGUGAAAGGCCUGGGAGAGGUGGACUGCAGAGAGAUCGGAGACUGCGUUCACGCGUCCGGAUUCAGCUCCACUGACCUCUGCGUCCCGGCUCUGGACUACCUGCACAAGUGUUCCCAGCUGCUGGCAAAGAUCUACAGGAUGCCGUCCAAGCCGGUGUUCCUGGGCGCCCGGCUGGCCAGCCUGCCCGUCAGGUCGCAGGAGCGCUCCAUCAGCAGCGAGGACGGCCUGGACUGCGUCCUGCAGGAGUUCGAUGACGACACGGGUUUAAUCCAGGUGUGGAUCCUACUGCUGGAGCAGCUCACUGCCGCCGUGUCCAACUGCCCCCGGCAGCACCAGCCGCCCACCCUGGAGCUGCUCUUCACGCUGCUGAGGGAGGUCACCGCCGUGCCAGGUCCGGGCUUCGCCAUCUUCGCCGUCAUCCAGCUGCUGCUUCCUGUCAUGUCGCUGUGGCUGCAGCGUAGCCACGGCGACCACUCCUACUGGGACGUGGCGGCGGCCAACUUCAAGCACGCCAUCGGCCUGUCCUGUGAACUGGUGGUGGAGCACGUCAACAGCUUCAUCCACUCAGACAUCGGCUACGAGUCUCUGAUCAACCUGAUGCUGAAGGAUCUCUUCAAGCUGCUGGUGGCCUGCGUGUCUGAGCCGGCAGAGACCAUCUCCAGAGUGGGCUGCUCCUGCAUCAGGUACGUCCUGGUGACCGUGGGUCCGGUGUUCACUGAGGAAAUGUGGAGGCUGGCCUGCUGCGCUCUGCAGGAUGCUUUCUCUGCAACGCUGGAGCCCGUAAAGAACCUCCUGGCUUGUUUCCACAGCGGCUCAGACAGCUUCUCUGGAGACGCCUGUGAGGUGAAGGUGGCAGCUCCGUCCCACUCCCCGUCCGCCGAGGCCGAGUACUGGAGGAUCAAAGCUAUGGCUCAGCAGGUCUUUAUGCUGGACACCCAGUGCUCUCCAAAGACGCCCAACAACAAGGACGGCUUUGAGCACGCUCAGUCCUGUGUGCUCAUCAUCGAGCUGCCGGCUGACCAGCAGUCCAACGGGCACGCUCAGAAGAGGAAAAUCGGGAUCCCGUUCCGGACCAUCGUAGUGAGCCUGCUCUCCCAUCAGGUUCUGCUCCAGAACCUCUACGACAUCCUUCUGGAAGAGUUCGUCAAGCAGCCUGAGGGCACCGAGAGGGUGACGCCUGUGACCUCUGACCCCAGCCGUCCCACUGCGGGCUUCCUGCGCUACAUCUCCAUGACAAACUUAGCCAUAAUCCUGGACCUGCUGCUGGACUCCUACAGGACCGCCCGGGACUUCGACACCCGGCCGGGGCUGAAGUACCUGCUGAUGAAGGUGUCGGGUGUUUGUGGAGCAGCCAACCUUUACCGUCAGUCCGCCAUGAGCUUCAACCUGUACUUCCAGGCGCUGCUGUGCGCCACGCUGAGCCAGGCGGAGAGCAUGACCGCGCAGCAGGUGAAGAGGAUUCUGUACGAGGAAGAGGAGGGCAGCUCUGACUCCUCCCACCCUGGCUCCGCCUCCUCAGAGGAUGAAGACAUCUUUGAGGAAACGGCGCAGGUGAGCCCGCCUCGCGGCCGGGAGAAGCGCCACCAGUGGCAGGCUCCUGUCCCGUCCCUCAGCGUCCAGCCUCUGAGCGGCGCCGACUGGGCCUGGCUGGUCAGGCGCCUCUACAAAGUCUGCAUGGACCUGUGCAACAGCUACAUCCAGAUGCACCGGGACCUGGAGAGCACGCUGGAGGAGACGCCCCUGCUGAGGGGCGCCGGGGGAGGCGAGCACGUCUUCUUCCUGCCCCUCUUCCAGUCGGAGACCUCCACGCCGACGUCGGCCGGCGGCUUCUCUGCGAGGGAGACGCCCUCAGAGGAAGGCAGCGUCAGGUGUCAGGGUGUGGAUCUGAGUGCAGCGUCCCCCGGGGAAACGCCAACACCCAGUCCCAGAUUCAGCUUCACAGGCAGUCUGCCGCACCACUUCCAGAGCGCGGCAGAGAGGAGAGACCCCGGCAUCACGGGGAGCUCGCUGGGGGCCAUUCCCGGCAGCGCGGCGCCCGGCCGUAGGAAGGAGUGGUGGGAAAGCGCUGGCAACAAACUCUACACCAUCGCCACGGACAAGACCAUCAGCAAGCUCAUGAUGGAGUACAAACGCCGGAAGCAGGCGGCGCCGCCAGCGCCACAGCCGCCGCCGCCGCAGGUGCAGCAGACCCACAUCAACCUGUUCAUGAAGGAGCAGGGCCGGGCGGCGCCGGGAGGAGCAGCGGGAGGAGACCGCAGAGGCCCAGCGGAGCUGCAGAGGCCCCAGCAGCUGGUGGACCAGCAGGGGCCCUCGCUCAGGCACUCAGUUAGUGCGGGGCCCGAAGUGCUAAGGCAGGAGAAGAGGCCUCGGUCGGGGUCCACCAUCAGCUCCCACAGCAUCUCCCUGAGGGACUCAGAGGCCCAGAUCCAGGCGUGGACCAACAUGGUCCUGACCCUCCUCAACCAGGUCCUCCUGCUGUCCGACGCCACCUUCCUGGCGCUGCAGCCGGCGCUCUACCCCUGCCUGAGCCAGCUCUCCUGCCACGUGACGGACGCUCGGGUCCGGCAGGCGCUGCGCGAGUGGCUCGGCCGGGUCGGCAGACUCUAUGACAUCAUGGUGUGACGUCACGGUGGGGGACACGGUGGGGGACACGCUGGACAACGGCCGUGGCUGAGGGACAGAAAGGACAGUUUUUUGGUCAGACUGCUGGUUAAACACAUGAAUCCAGCUGUUUGUGUGACGGGGAGCGUUUGAAUAUAAAUGUGCCAUUUCUGCUCGGGUUUUCUGUUGAGACAGUUUUUCUGUGGAGUCCUCUCAAAGCUGAAAACAUUUGUUUCUGAAUGGCUUUUCAUGGUCUCUGUUCUGUUCUGGCUGAAGAUGCUUCUUCUCCCAUCCUGAUGGACCGUCGUCUCCUCUCUGUUCGUACAUUGUGACGUUUCCUUGUGCUUCGCUGCAUUCCUCGGUGUUAUGAAUGAAACCAGACUUUGCCGCCUUUCUUACACCCUUUAUAGUUUUCUCAAACCGCGGUGAACAGAAACGUGCUCUGGGCUGCCCUCGUUGCAUGUGCGUUCCUAUUGCUGCCGAGUUUGAAACGCAGAGAGAAAAUGCUUUAAAACAACAAAAAUUAUUAAAAAAAAAUCCCCCAUGGUGCCUUUAGGGGAGGAUUUAACAAGCUGUUGCUCAUCGUUAAUGUGUUAGUCUUAAUUUCUCUUUGGUUGCCAGAAAGUUUGAAAGCUCAAUGAUGCUGACAGAGUUUAUGUUUAAUAUAAUAUUUAUUAGUCUCUGUUCCACACACAUUUAAUUUUUUCAGAAUCAGACAGGCGACUUGUUGUGGAUUAAAUCCCAUCAUCUCUGGACCGCUUCAGCUCUGUAUCUCCUGCAGUGUCUCUGUAACGCCGACUGUUGCUCCUGUUAAACCUGGAACCUCUGAGGGAUUUAUUUUAACCAAGUACAAGACGUAGAACAUGGAUUUGGGUGUUUUGUCUCUUCCUUCUGUGGUGUUUUUAUGUUCUCUGGCUGUAAAUCCUUUUGUUUUAAGCUUGUGACGUGUGAGGAACACGGCCCUGCUGAUGGCGCCACUGAUUGUUUCCUGAUGCUCCGUCGGAUCGCUCUGGGUGACUUUCAUCCCGUCUGAGGGCUGAAACGGAGAGCUGCAGCUUCACAAGAGCUCUUAAACCCUGUUCAACAUCUUCUGUUUCUGAAUGUCUUCAUUUCAAAUGGAACCAAAUACAGCUGGAUGGUCCAAAU